AUGAGUUCAAGGCCACACGUUGGUAUCAUCGGUGCGGGCCUUGCGGGUCUCCGCUGUGCCGAUAUUCUGAUCCAGAAUGGAGCCAAGGUCACUAUCUUAGAGGCUAGGAAUCGCAUUGGUGGAAGAAUUUAUCAGGAUGACCUGGAGGGCCAUGAAGUGGAUCUUGGCCCGAACUGGAUCCAUGGACAGGGCGAAAAUCCCAUCAUGUCGCUUGCCCAGGCAACGCAAACUGUCACCUAUGAUCCUGCAGGCGGCAAUUUCAUGGUCUCGCGCGAUGGAAACUUCAUCGGUGAAGAUCUUGGCACCAAGGUCUCGGAGUUUGUAUGGGAAACCAUUGCGGAGGCUUUCAAGUACAGCAACGAGCACCGCGACAGCAUCCGUCCUGAGGAAAGUCUCUAUGAUUUCUUCCAAGAGAAAGUCCAGCAGUCAAGUUUCUCCAAGGAGGAGCAACAGCUCUGUCUAGAUGCGUGCAAGCUUUGGGGAGCCUAUGUGGGGGAGCCUACGGAGAGACAAAGUCUAAGAUUCUUUCGAUUGGAAGAAUGUAUUGACGGAUACAAUUACUUUGUUGCGGGAACCUAUAAACGGAUCCUUGAACAAGUUGCCAAAACAGCUCAAUCCCACGCUGACAUCAAACUAAACCACCCAGUUGUGAACAUCGACACCCCUACCAGAAAGACUGACACAGCUAUCAAUGAAAACCAGGUAACUGUAACCACAGUCUCUGGAGAUCAGUUCAAAUUUGAUGAUGUGGUGGUAACCUGCCCACUUGGCUGGCUCAAAAAUAACACCAGCGCAUUCACCCCCGAACUCCCACGCCGACUCCUCCAAGCAAUUGACAAUAUCUCCUAUGGACGCCUCGAAAAAGUCUUCGUCAAAUUCCCUCGCCCAUUCUGGAAAGUCGAAUCUGAAAACUUCAAUUCAAAUCUACCCACAACCCCAAUCUUCACCCAAUUCCUUGAGCCAAAUUACGCAAAUGAGCACCCAUCACACUUAGAAUGGAAUCAAGAAUGUCUCUCCAUCGCCUCUCUCCCAGAACCAUGCGCUCAUCCAACCCUCCUAUUCUACACCUACGGUCCAGGUGGUGCACAUAUUGUUCAGAGCAUCGCAUCUCUUGAUCCCUCUUCAAAGGAAUACAAAGAUACUUUAAUCGCUACGCUCCAACCCUUUUACUCCAAGUUACCCGGUUACGAUCCCUCCUCGACAGACUGCAUCCCCACUACUGUCCUUGCUACUCGCUGGCAAACAGAUGAAUAUGCGGGAUACGGAUCUUACUGCAAUUUCCAGGUUGGGUUGGAGCAUGGUGAUGUGGACAUCGAGGUUAUGCGCUCGGGUGAUGGGACUGGUGCGGAGCGUGGAUUGUGGUUUGCUGGCGAGCAUACAUCGCCGUUCGUAGCUCUGGGUACUACGACGGGUGCUUAUUGGAGUGGAGAACGAGUUGCUGGACAGGUCUGUGAACGGAGGAGAUUGGCGCGUGCUGGUGUGUCUCAUGGGAGAGAUGAUUCUCUGCCUUCUGCUAAAACGAAGCUGUAG